ACCACCAUUGAAUCUGUUACCCGACCCGAACUCUUCCCAGCGGCACUUCCCUCAUUUCAUAUCACUUCAGUUGCAUUACAAAGACCCGACAGCACCCCGCCACUAUCCCUACAAUGGAGCAGCAGCAGCAGACGCCCUUCUCGCUGGAGCUGACGACUUCGCCGGAAUCGGGGGACGCUGGCCACCGGAAACCUGACGCGAGGGUCGGAGGGACUCGGCAUCCGGUCUACAGAGGCGUCAGAAAGCGACGGUGGGGGAAGUGGGUGUCAGAAAUCCGGGAGCCGAAGAAGAAGUCGCGGAUCUGGCUCGGGUCGUUCCCGACUCCUGAGAUGGCAGCGAGGGCGUAUGACGUGGCAGCCUACUGUCUCAAGGGACGCACGGCCCUGCUCAAUUUCCCCGACGAGGCCGAUCAGCUACCUCGGCCGUCCACGUGUAUGGCCAGGGACAUCCAAGCAGCUGCCGCGGCUGCCGCCUCGAUGACAGCUGGCGAUCUGGGGAAGCGGAUUUACGAUAAAUCGCGAGGAGAUGACGAAGAUUUCUGGGGAGAGAUCGAAUUGCCUGCGCUGGGAAUGAAUGGGAGUGGCGAUUUAUCGCCGGUUUUGUGGGAAAGCGAGUUUCGUUGUUGGGAAUGGAGUUCUCCUUGUUCCUCGUCCGGAGACGAUGACACGUGGAUGGAUGCGCAUUAUAUGUCGGGUCUCUAAACUGCGCCAUGGGUGUUAACUGUUAAGUAAUAGGUACCUCCCUCUCUUCAUCUCUCUGUAUGUUUGAGGCUUCCUCGCCGAAACAGCCCGGUUUGUAUCAUUCGUUACAUUGUUUUUAUAUAUACGCGGCAUAUUAUGUUUUAUUAA